GAAGGAGACAGAGAGCGGACGGACGGGACAGAGACCGGGAUUCGGCGCGUGCUCUAAACCUAUAGAUUGAUUUUCUUUUUUUACACACAUAUAUAUUUAUGUGUAUAUAUAAUACAGAGAGAGAGAACGAAACCGAAUAUGAAUAAUUCUAGUUUGAGAAAGAAACCGACGCUGCACGAUGUGGGAUUUAUUUAAUCCGAGGAUGAAAGGGAACGCUUUGAUUCCGGUGUGAGCUCGAGGCGCCGUUUUCCGUUUCGUGUGAACGGUGAUCCUGAAGAGCGCCAUGGCUGCGAUCCAGCGCGUCUCCGGCCUUCCCUGUGUGUGAGUGCUGGCCUCCGUGUGCUGGACGCCGUGCCGCGCCUCGCCUCGUGCUGCUCCCGGAUCCUUCAUCGUUAUUAUUAUCUACAUUUUCUCUUAUUGUCGUCUAAAGACACCUUUUUUUUUCCUUCUACCUUCAUCUAUGGAAUGUACACAAGUGUUACAGUCUGGAUAGGAGUUUGUUAUGACCGGGGGCAAGAUGUGGGUGUUUGGGAACUUGGUAUCGAUACGUUGAGGCCACUGUUUCCCCUACUCCCCACCCCCUGGAAGUCUGAGCAAUCAGACGUCGCAGUGACAGACUCGGGGAGCUGGCACUAAAAUGUCCCUAAGUGGUGGCACUGCAGGCGGGAAAGGUGUGGACUCGAAUGCGGUGGACCCUUAUGACAGCGGUGAUGAGUGGGACAUCGGCGUCGGCAAUCUGAUCAUCGACCUCGAAGCUGACUUAGAGAAGGACAAACUCGAGAUGUCUGGCUCCAAGGAGGCGGGGGGAAUGGCAGCUCCGCCCAGCGCCGUCGCUGCUCUGCCCGACAAUAUCAAGUUCGUGAGCCCCGUCGGCGCUCCUCAAGGCAAAGAGAGCAAAUCGAAAUCAAAGCGCAACAAGAACUCCAAGGACAAUAGCACCAAGUCUCCGGCGGGAGACGGCAUGAAAAAAGAGCACCAGGGACGAACCCAAGUGGAGGUUACUGGUACGACAGGUAGUUCAGGAGGCCCUGGGAACGCCACGCCUGGCAAAGGCAUGGAAAAGAGUGGGAAAGCAGCCCGCAGCGUUCCAAAUAGCAAAAAGGACAAGGAGGUAUCGAGCGGGAAAAGCAAGAAGGAGAAAAGCGAAGGAGCGGUCGCCGUGGUCGCGAUCGAGAAGGAGGUCGCUGCUAACGUUCAAGCACUUGGGAGCAAUACGCGCAGCGCCUCCUUCGACAGUACUCAGAACGUGGACUUGGCCGUGACGGAGCCACACGGGAAUAAUGCCCUGGAAUCUGUAGGAAUAGUACCGCUGUCCAUUAAAUCGGAACCCGAGGACAUGGAUAACGGCGAGUGCCGACCAUUAAAGAAAGUGAAGAACGAAAAGAUGGAGUCUCCGGUGUCUACGCCGGCCCCGCCUCCGCUCCACCUUUUAGCCUCGGUGGGAAACAGCGACAUUGCCUCACCGUGUGAGCAGCUGAUGGUGCGGACGCGAUCGGUGGCAGUCAAUACGUCCGACGUGGCGCUGAGCACAGAGCCUGAGUGCCUGGGGCCUUGCGAGCCUGGAACAAGCGUCAACCUGGAGGGCAUUGUGUGGCAAGAAACCGAGGACGGGAUGCUGGUGGUUAACGUGACAUGGCGGAACAAAACGUAUGUCGGAACGCUGCUGGACUGCACGCGCCACGACUGGGCUCCGCCGAGGUUUUGUGAAUCCCCGACAAGCGACCUGGAGAUUAGGCCUGGGCGUGGGCGAGGUAAGAGAAUGCGUCCCAAUAGCAACACCCCAGUCAAUGAGAACAGCAACUCCUCUGACAACAAGGGCAGCAACAGUAGCAAGACCAGAGCUGGCUCUAACAGCAAGGCCCGACGUGGCAGUCAGAACUCUUCUGAGCGAAGGACCCCACCUAAUAGCAACACGGAGGAUGUCAAGGCCAGCCCCUCCUCGGCCAGCAAGCGGAAAAACAAGCCUGUUUCCGACAUGGAACCGAAUUCCAGUUCUGAGGACACUAAAGGCAACAAGCGUAUGCGCACUAACUCUAAUAGUGUAGUAACCUCUUCUGGACUCUCGCUCCCCAACAUUAAGACUGAGUGUCUUCCACCUCCUCUAGACCGUAAUUGCCCCUCACCAGUACUUAUAGACUGCCCGUACCCCAACUGCAACAAGAAGUAUAAGCACAUCAAUGGCCUGAAGUAUCACCAGGCUCGUGCUCAUAACGACGACGAUAUUAAACUGGACAUGGACGGGGACAGUGAGUAUGGGGAAGAGUCCUCUCUUCACCCUGAACCAGGGAGCUGUAAUGGGGCAUCGGUUUCCCAGAAAGGGUCCCUUUCACCAGCACGCUCAGUCACUCCGAAAGGAAGAGGAUUCGAUGCGCACAGUUCAUCUCCUUCCCCAGGGAAAUUUGGCUCCAAGCCAAAGAAGAAGAACGGAGAAACAGAUGCGGAGGCUUGUGGCAUUCCCAUGGAUGGCUGUGAGGAUGGGCCUUCUCUCACUGAUGAUGCCAGUAAUGAUGGCAUGGAGGACAAGAAGUCCAAAAAGUCCAGCAGCAAGCCUGAUAAGCUUGCCCAGAAGAACAUGAAAUCCUCUAGGCCAAUGGCUCCAGGCAUGCCCUCACAGCAGAUGUACUCUUUACAGCCAACACCAUUCAGCUCUGGGAGUCCCAGUCAUCCCCCAGGAAUGAGUUCAAUGAUUCAAGGCAUUCCCAAAAGCCCGCAACUUAAAGGCAUUCAGCCUAAGCCAGGUCUGCCUGGAGACUCAUCCCCUAUGAGCCAGGUCCUAGGGAGCUCAAAGGACAAAAAGAAAAAGGAUAAGAAAAAGAAGGAGCCUGGUAAAGAGGGCGACAGUCCCAAGCCUUCCGGUAAAAGCGGGAAAGCUGAAGAUGGGAAGAGCCCCUACUCCGAGUCUAGUGACCCUGGAAGCAGAAGUGAAGGCCAUCUAAAUGGUUCUUCAGACCUUCAUCAGAGUCGCCUAGCUAGCAUUAAGGCUGAGGCAGACAAGAUCUACAGCUUUACAGACAAUGCUCCCAGUCCAUCAAUUGGCGUGGCUAGUCGUAUGGACAGUAGUGGGCAGCCUCUCACUCCUCUUCAUGUUGUUACUCAGAAUGGGGCUGAUAACUCUUCGGUGAAGACGAACAGCCCCGCAUACUCCGAUAUCUCUGAUGCUGGAGAGGAUGGUGAGGGAAAAGUGGAGGGUGUAAAGACUAAGGUAGAAGAUCAGUCUGUAAGGGAAGGAGCCAAAAAGGCCCUCUUUCCAUCUCAGGCAACCAAUAAAGAGUCACCUUAUUAUGCUAGCUAUGACAAUUACUACUCUCCGAACUACACUCACCCUAGCCCUGGUGGUGCUAGUACUGGUGGUCCACUGCCAGAUGGCCAAACUGUAAAGAUAAAAAAAGAGGAAGAGCAAGAACCGAGUGAAGAGAAGGCAAAGCCAGAGGUUCAGGAGGAACGUAAAAUAGAGGCUGCCUCCUGCCAGCCACAGCAGCAACAGCAGCAAGCCUCGGUCAUCCAGCAACGGCCAAACAUGUACAUGCAGCCUCUUUACUAUGGCCAAUACUACGUUCCCCCAUAUGGUUACCCAGACCAGGUGUAUCACAACCAUCUCAUGAACACUAAUCCAGCCUACAGGCAGCAGUAUGAAGAGAGGCAGAGACUAAUGGCAGAGCAGCACAGAGCAGCCAAGAACGAGGCUGGCAUGAAAGAGAGAGAAGCUUCCAUGAAGGACGACUGGAAACAAAAGGGUCCUGUUCCCCCCGGACUUAAAAAAGCCCCAAGUCUGUCUGACCUGGGAAAGCCACAGGCACCCAGCAAGCAGAGGGACUCGUCUUCUGAGCCAGCCAAGUCUGUAAUCAUCCCCAAAGGGGAGGAAGCUAAGCACCAGCCCCAGCAGGCUGAAGGUUUAAAGGUGAAGCUCAGUGAAGGUGGCCAUCAUGGCAAAGAGGACGCUGGUAAACCAGGAAUGGAGUUGGCAAGGCCCAGCAUGGAGCAGUCCAUGUGGUACAGACAGUACCCUGAGAACCAAAGGCAGGUCGAGGAGGAGCGUGAGCGUGACCGAGACAGAGACCGAGAGAGGAAGAGCAAAGAUGAGAGAUCACGAACUAAGGAGUUGAGUAGUAAGGACGAGAGCAAGGAGAGCAGUGAUCGUUCGUCUGCUCUUGCCUCUGAGGACUACAGAGGUGCCGGGAAAGACCCUCGGUCAAACGCUCACAUGCCUUUCUCCUCUGCACUGGCCCAGCAACAACCUUACAUGCACUAUAUGCAUGGAUAUCCGUACGGGCAAGGGUACGACCCCAACCACCCUGGGUACAGAGGAAUGCCAUCAGUCAUGAUGCAGAAUUACCCAGGGUCCUAUCUGCCUGCCGCUUACCCGUUCUCGCCUUAUGGCGGUAAGAUGGGCGGAGGUGAGGAAGGCGAGAAAUCCCGUUCAAGCCCUACAGUCAGCAGCAAGUCAUCCUCUGAGGCCAAGGCUCUGGACAUCCUGCACCAACACGCCAACCAGUACAAAAGCAAAUCACCCACGGUCAGCGAUAAGGCGGCACACGAGCGAGGAGGGGCAGAACGAGAGAGGGACCGUGAGAGAGAAAGGGAACGUGAUCGAGAAAUGGAUCGGCCGCGUUCGUCUCCCUCACAGCGAAUCAUGCAGUCUCAUCACCACCUGGGCUACCCACUCGUACCUGGCCAGUACGACCUGUCUUAUGCUACAGGUCUACCCUCGUCAGCUAUUGUUGCCAGUCAGCAAGCUGCAGCCCCCUCCCUCUACCCACCAGCACGGAGGUGAGAACGGGAACCGUGACUGACUCGACCUCAUCUUUACAAAUACGACAUGUGACUGGAUCACAUGGGGAAGUAUAUGGAGUUCAUUUAGACAUCAGUUGAAUGGUGUUUCUAUAUUUUUUGUUGUUUAUUAUUAUUAUAAUUUUUUUGGUUUCUGCCGGAAUGUGUGGCAGACCGAUGUUUUCUUAGCAUCCGUACCUCGUUACCCCACUGAGGACUGUGAGACCAGGUUCAAAAGCCAUCUUGCUGCCCCACCUCGCCCAGCCGGCUACUGAACUCUCUCUGUGAACUAGCAAGGAGUCGUUUGGGGGAAGAAAGAGGAAAAAAAAAACCCCAAAACGAAACAAAAAUAAAACCUCAACUCGUGAGAAUGUUGGACUGCAUAACACUCCCACGCCGCAGGUUGUGCUCGGGUGUUGAGGCGCAGACCGGUGGGUCAAAUAAGAUUAAAAAAAAAAAGACUGAACAUAUAUUAUCAUGUUGAAAUGGUUGAAGUGUUUUUUUUUUUUUUUGUUUUGUUUUGUUUUCUUUUUUUCCUGAGUGCACCUCUUCUUCCUCCUCCUCUUCCUCGCUGAAGCAUCUUUGACUUUUCACAACGGUUGCGUUUUAAAUUCCCUAAACAUGUCUGACUGGUGGCAGUUCUCAUCUAGUUCUCAUCGCCACAUGCCUCAAGACUGCUUUUUAAUUUUUUAUUGUAUUUUUUUUCUCCUGUUUUCAGGAGGGCUGGGGGUUGUUUUUUUUUUGGUCCAGAUUACAGUUCACACUUUCAUGCAGAGAAAACGCCCGCGUCCGUCUUACUUAACGCGUUCCUUUUUUAGGUUUACGGAUCAAGAUGGAAAUUUGUUUUUUGAAUAAGUAUUUAUUAAAUUGUCGGGCUGGUCGAGCUUGUCCAGUCGAGCGCAUGGCCAGUCCUGCAGAAGCAGUGUUGAGUGUGUUAGACAUGGAGGUCAUGCAGAAACCCAGCGAAACAUCUCGCCUUGUGCUCGUUGCUAAGCUGCUAUAUUUCUAGAGAGCUUUGAUUUUGUUUUCUCUCUCUCUCUCUUUCUCUCUCUCUCUCUCUCCCCACUGUCAGGCGUACUAACUCUUAACUCGACUAGUCAGUGAUGUGACGACAAAUUAUUAUUAUUAUUAUUUUUUUUUGUUUGUUUGUUUGUUUUUACGACACAGUGUGACACCUUUCGUGGGAAGAUUAGUUAGGGAUCCGUGUCGUUGUCGUGAUGUGCUGCUCUACCGUGUUGCAAAAGUGUCAGAGCUUGAUUUAUUUUUAUUUUUUAUUUUUUUUUAAAUGCUAUUUUAUUUACAUAACCCCUUCUUUUUUAAAAAAAAAAAAAAAAAAAAACCGGCGUGUGUCGUGGCUCAGCAUGGUGUACUUAUAGCACUAGAAAUGUGACGGUGUCUUCUCAGGCAAAGCUUAUCUUUUUCGUUUUGUUCCUUCACUUUUUACCCCCGUUUGUUUUUGUUUUGCCUGUUUUUUGUUUUUUUUGUAUUGUUAUCUCGCUCUGCACACACAAUAUGGUGUCUGUAUAUGAUGUACAGAGGAAUUAUUUUAAAAAUGCGACUGGGGAACCAUCGUUUUUUAUGGUGUUCAGUGCUUUAUAAGAUGUUCUAAAACUCUGAGGUCUCUCUUUUUGGUUUCGUUUGCUCUCUUCCUCUCUUUAACACCUCUGUACUGAUGUCCUAACACCUUUUUGUUGUUGGUUUUAAUUAAUCUGAGCAGGACCCAUCUCUGUUAGCGCAACGUCAGGACUUCAGGCGCUCUUCACACCCGAAACAUCGUUCUAGAAAUCUUUUGUGAAAGGAACAGCAGGGGUUUUUUGUCGUGACUUUUCUCAGAGAGAUUCUAAGCGAAUAAGCCACAUGCGCAUUCAGGUUCACUAAUAAAAGUCUUCUUUUCUUUUUUUUUCUCAUGUCCUCAGUCUUGUGAAAUUUCUCAGUAGUGCUCUUAAUCAUCCUCCGCAGCCGUACGCCGUCAGCCGAUCAACGCCGCUCAAUUUCAGGUGCGUUUAGUUCGGCUUAAUUGACGCAAGGCAAUAAGGUUGUAAUGAAAGCAGUUGGUCCACACGCGGAUUUUUGGCCUCCUGUCCUCUGUAAAACCUCUCGAAUGGUGCUUGACCUUGAACUUUGAUUAUCUCUGUUGUGAAAGCUGUGCACUUUUGCAUGGUUUGCAUCAUUCUUCACACUGGACUCCAUCCCUUCUACCCUCCCACCAGAGUAAGCGUGCUCCGCCCUCGUCUCUGGCCCAGCGAGACCGUUUCUACACAGUAUCAGUCACUGGUACUAAAAGGAUGUUUACAUUUUUUUUAAUGGUUGCGUUUUAAAUAAUUCCUCGGCCGUGUCGCUCAGAUCCUCCAGCUUCCUCCUGGACUGUCCUCUUAUAUGUAAAGUGUACAUUACCAUGUUUCCUUUUUUUUUUUAUUUUAUUUUAUACAAUACUGCAACUUGCCUUUGUACAUUUAGGCAAAAAAAUAAAUCUUUUUAUGAGACAAUCA